GCAACACCACCUUCAAAAUCCCCGAAGCAUCCCUCAGCAUUUUCGACACACUCAGCGUCAUUGUCUGGGUACCGAUCUACGACCAACUCAUAAUCCCGAUCACCAGAAAAUUCACCGGCCACAAAAACGGGCUCACUCAGCUCCAGCGCAUGGGAAUAGGCCUCUUCAUAUCGAUCUUCGCGAUGGUGUCCGCCGCAGUAUUGGAGAUAGUUAGGCUCAAUAUAGUGAAAAGGCACGAUAGCUACGACGUGAAAGAGGCGCCGAUAUCCGUGUUCUGGCAGGUUCCGCAGUACUUCAUUAUUGGCUGCGCGGAGGUGUUUAUGUACAUAGGGCAGAUUGAGUUUUUUUACGAGCAGGCGCCGGAUUCGAUGAGGAGUUUGUGCGCGGCUUUGUCGCUGACAACGACUGCGCUCGGGAAUUACUUGAGCGCUUUUUUGGUGACUAUUGUGACGGAAGUUAGUACUAGGAACGGUAAACCCGGGUGGAUAGCCGAUAACUUGAACCAUGGAAAACUCCAUUAUUUCUUCUGGCUUUUGGCUGUUUUGAGUUUGAUCAACUUGGGAGCUUAUGUUGUGGCGGCGAAGAGGUAUACUUACAAGAAGGCUGUCGGGACUCUGCGCUGA